GUUCUUUAUAAUUCCACAAUUCGAGCAACCAAUCAUAGACAACUAGGCGCUACGUUAACAGACAGACGACGACGAAGAGCAUACAAAGGCGCCGAAUAUUAAUCUUUAAGAUAUGAUCUUAUCCAAUCGACAACCUAAACUGAGACAGAGUAGACGCUUUACAACUUUUAAAAUUUAUAACCAAGGAUUUCACGGGAGUCUAUCUCUUCCUUGCCUUAUAUCUACUAUGUAUAUUCGCGAUAACAAUCGAACAACACGUUUUUGUGUUUUUGGCAGAUACAUACGAGAAUUGGCGAUACCGGCCCGUCGUACCCAUGCUAACGGGUGCGACCUAAUGGUUGAUUAGGGAAGGUUACAAGGAUCACACUCAACCCGCUUCCGGAAGGUAAAUUAUCCCACGCAUGGCAAAAUACCCAUCGUAUGCGGUGAGCGUUGCGAUGGCAAAUAUAUAAAUUGAGGGCCAUCGUUCAACCCGAAUGCCAGUGAGCCUUAUCUCCUCUCGCCUGCCAGGAACCCCGCAAUGAAUACUGUCAAGAGCUUCCUCGUCCAAGCCGCCGUCAUUGGCGCCGCUCUUGGGCAGUUCUGCGAACACCAGUGGGAGGGGAAAUUCGCAGACCACGAGAUAGAUGGCGUCCCGCAUCUGCAAGCGAGGCAAGACGUCGCUCCGCCUCCUUUAGAGAUCCGGCCUCUCAUCGUGAAUGGACCAUCAAGCAAUCGUGUCGACCUCAUCUUCUUCGGUGACGGAUAUACCCAAGAUGAGAAAGACAAGUUCUUCGCCGAUGCUCUGUUUCUCGCAAAUAACAUUACUGACGGACAGACAUUUGUCGACGUGCUUCCUGUAUUAAACUUUUGGGCUGGAUUUUCACCGAGCAACGAGAGUGGCAUUGGUAGUGGUGGAAAGCCCCUGGAUACCGUCUAUGGACUUUACCGCGAUGGCACUGAGCUUCGUGGUGUAUACUACGAUAAGCCCGAAGUAGCACGCGCUGCCUGUCAGUCAACAGAUGCAUGCGAUUUUCCCAUUCUCCUUGGAAACGACCCAUUUUACGGGGGACUAGGCGGCGAGUUCACCGUUACAACCUCCUCGCCUAAUAACGGACCUGUGAUUAUUCGUCACGAGUUAGGCCACUCGAUCAUUGGCGUUGGCGAAGAAUAUGACGGCGGUGAAAUUUACACCGGUGUCAAUGCGGCAAAAUCCACCAAAUCGGUGCCCUGGACCCAGUGGUAUACAGAUGCGUCUACCGAGCCUAAGAUCCAGCGGACAAACAUGCCAGUACAGGAAUAUCCUUGGACACUGCUGAAUACGUCGCAGAGCUGGAGUCAGACUUUCACGUCGGCAGGCACAUAUUCCACCCAUCUGCUCCAAGUCAGCGUAAGCGGCGUGACGGCGACUAGCGACUUGCUGGUAGAGAUGGAUGGGAAGGACGCGGGCUGGGAGUGGAAUCCCGCAGUUGGAGAGGAUCGCUACAUUUACAAUAUUAAGAUCAACGAAGCACUGACUCCAGGAGAACAUGAGAUUAAAUUCACACUACUAAACGGAGAGAGGCAAGGAAGCGCGCAGCUUUGUAGUUUCGAGGUGAUUGAGUAUGGGGAUGAGGAAGAGUUCGACUUCGAGCCACAAUACCACGGAUUAUACCCGACAUUUUCCGACAAGAACGUAACCUCAUACAGGCCGACAAACGAUCUUUGUCUAAUGCGAGACACCUAUUCAUCUAAUUUCUGCAACGCCUGCAUUGAGGGACUGUGGCUGUCUCUGCUUGACCAACUCACCCUAAUCGACGACAUCACGCAGGAGGUUCAGCCGGAUGGCUCGACGAACGUUACUCUCACCUUGCUCCCCCUUGCGAAUCUUAGGCAGGUGCCGAACCCGCACCAGGAAGCCUAUACGGUCCUGUGGUACGGUGUUGACGGAAUAACCGUUCUGGCGGAUUGGACUAAUAGUACAUCUGCGCUUCUCGGGCCCGACAUUACGGAGUUUGGCGUCGAGGUCAGAUUCUGGACGGAGCAGGUCAGAGUCGAUAGUGCCGGAGUGCUAGUGCAAAAGGAGAGGUAUUCAGUAGAUGAGUAGAGCUGUUGCUAAAGUGUAUAGAUCGCUUCGAUUACGUAGCUCUCUAGGUUAGCAGGCUCAGAACAAGCACAUAAAGUGGCUAUCAAUCUAAUCCAGCAAAGCCUGAAGUAACAACUA